AUCCCGAGCCUUAGCUUGUCUGCAUCUCCAUCGGAAAGUGCGCUGACCACAUCCCUUCGGCCUCCGGGCAGUGUCCUGUCUUCCCCAGCGCGGGCAGAGAGAAACCUCAGCUGUGAAGUGGUGGUAGAGAGAUCCCUGGAAGCAGCGACUGGACCCGGACGCCGAGAGGAGAGCGGACGCGCCCCUCGCCCGGGAAUCGCUCUCGCGGGCGGAGACCCAGCAUCCCAGUGCUUGCGGUCGCGCUUGCCCGCCUGCGCGCUCCUGCCAGGCGCCGCCAGCCCUGAGGACCCUCGGGGUCCGCGAACCCUGCUGCAGCCGGCCGAAUCCUAUAGCUGCCAAGAGCUCCCGGCGGGUGUUGGCAAACUUUUUUCCGAGCCCACGUGCUGUGCAAACAGCCCGGCUCGCUUUCCGAGCCUGGGAUGGAGCGCCGCGCCUAGGCACGCCGUGCAGCCUGAGACACGCGCGCACGGUAGGCGAUCCACACCUGGUGCCACGGCGCGGGGAUAGCCCAACCCGGGCGCGAAGGGCUCGAGAGCGCCCCUUUAAAGCCUCGCGCUCCGGUGCUCUUAGGACGCCUUUUCUUCCGCACAACGCCCUUUCCCCAGGGUCAGAAUCCACUGCGCAGCAGAGGUUGCUAAUUCACUGAUUGUAAUCACCUUCCUCUCCGAGUCGCCUGCAGCUGUGCCAUCUGCCCUUCCUUAAACUGCUCCGUGGCUCGUGCCAGUGAGUUCGCGUCCUCCCGCCCUCCUUUCUUUAAAUCAAGAGGCGCGAAGGUGCCGGUACCUCCUCUGGUUUCUCUUGAUCCCCCCACCCACCCUGCUUCUCUUUCCCGGUUUCCCAGGUUCACUGCGGAGGGAGAGAUGCUCAGCGAGCCAAACUGAUCAUUGCAGGUACAGGGCCAGUGGCAUCUGUCUGAGUCCUCCCUAAGGAGCGCAACCCGCACUGUCUCCUUGCAGGAGCCCCGCGUUUCCUCGACUUUGAGAGGCGUCUCUCCCCAGCCCGACCGUCCAGAUGCGUUUUCGCCUCUUCUCUUUUGCCCUCAUCAUUCUGAACUGUAUGGAUUACAGCCAGUGCCAAGGCAACCGAUGGAGACGCAAUAAACGAGCUAGUUAUGUAUCAAAUCCCAUUUGCAAGGGUUGUUUGUCUUGUUCAAAGGACAAUGGGUGCAGCCGAUGCCAACAGAAACUGUUCUUCUUCCUUCGAAGAGAAGGCAUGCGCCAGUAUGGAGAGUGCCUGCAUUCCUGCCCGUCAGGGUACUAUGGGCAUCGAGCUCCAGAUAUGAACAGAUGCGCAAGAUGCAGAAUAGAAAACUGUGACUCUUGCUUUAGCAAAGACUUUUGUACCAAGUGCAAAGUAGGCUUUUAUUUGCACAGAGGUCGCUGCUUUGAUGAAUGUCCAGAUGGUUUUGCACCAUUAGAUGAGACCAUGGAAUGUGUAGGAUGUGAAGUUGGUCCUUGGAGUGAGUGGGGAACGUGUAGCAGAAACAACCGCACGUGUGGCUUUAAAUGGGGUCUGGAAACCAGAACACGACAGAUUGUUAAGAAGCCAGCAAAAGACACAAUACCAUGUCCAACCAUUGCUGAGUCCAGGCGAUGCAAGAUGGCCAUGAGGCACUGUCCAGGAGGGAAGAGAACACCAAAGGCCAAGGAGAAGAGAAACAAGAAGAAAAGGAGGAAGUUGACUGAAAGAGCCCAAGAGCAGCACAGCGUCUUUCUAGCAACAGACAGAGCUAACCAAUAAAAUACAGGCAAUAGCUGGGGAAUUUUGAGGGGGAUUUUGUUGUUGCUGUUGUUUAUAUUGCAAAAGUGCACAAAGCUACUCUCCAAUCCACACUGGUGGACAGCGUUCCCGCUGCUCUGACCAGUAUCCGUUUUCAGUAACAUUGCGAAGGGAAGUGCCCACGCAUGGUCUCUGGGUUAUUUAUGCUUUGAUUUGAAUCUGGAGCCUUGUAAUAGCAGGAGCUUGUUGACCUCAUCAGUGGGAGCUGUUGCAUGUACACUCCUGUGAUGUAUCCUAAGAAUUGGCCCCGGGCACGGUGAACCUGCAGGAGGCAUGCGGCUGUAGAUCACCACCGGAGAAUGCACCUGUGCCUAUUUUCCUGCAAGAAAAUGCAGAAGCGGGCAAGCGCUGUUCACUUGUGACUUUGGUUUCUCACGUUGGGCAUCAUCAAAGACAAGUGUGAGUGGAAAUAAGGCGAAGUGUCACCGCCCAAAAUUCCCAUCAUUGGUGACUUUAAAAUGAUCUUGCGAUGAGACUGCUUUUAGCUAGGGGUAUUCUGUGGAAAUUCCUGCUAGAUUUCAGCCUCGUGCUGACGUGUGCACAUUCUGCUGAGCUAUCUGCAAAGCUCCAUCCUGUAUAUUUAUGCUUUUUGUGUGUAACAAGUCAUACCUGAUGAAUAAGAUGUCACUUUGUUUCUAAUGGUUCCUAACCAUGGUCUGGUACAUGACUGUUCAAACUGUUCUAGUUUUGAAAAUUGACAAAUGUUUUGUUGCCAUUUGGUUUCUUCUGUUUGUAUUAUUUUUUGAUGGGGGUGGGGUGGGCUUGUUUCUAAUUGUAAGUUUAGGAUAAGCUAGUUUGUACAUAGAGUCAAAUGACCGACGUCAGAAUUUCAAUGCAGAUAGAACUUCCCCAGUUUGUAUCACACGUGCACACACACAUGCGUGCACACACACACACACACACACACACAGAGUAAGCAGCAUGUAGCAUCUUGCUAUCAGAAGCCCAACUCUUUCUGAGUCCAGAAAGUGGACUUAUGAAACACAGCUGAAAACAAGAAGACUUCUGUGCAGUUACUUGUAUUUAUUACACAAUUCCCAGUUUCAUUUUUUUUUUCAGACUUAAAGUAACUCAUGACAAUCAAUGAUAGUUCAGCUGGGAAAAUUCUUGGGUCACUGGAGUCACUGGGGAAGUUGCUAUCAUGAAAUCACCCAGAAAGCGAAGGAAAAGAUAGCAGGCUUCCCACAACUGAAAGUCACAUUGCUCAUUUCUCCAUGGAGCCAGAAUACCUUACACGAGAAGGAAGAACAUGAUGGAGGCUACCCAGCCAACUCACACAGUGGUGAUGUCAAAAACAUCAUUGUCCCCCUUGGGUCAAUCAGUCCUUUGAUUUAUGAAUUGGCAGGCUCUAAGUGCAUUAUCUUCUUGGCUGAUCCAGGAGAAACUUAGAACAAACGAAGUUGUAGAGUUUUGAGGAAACAGCCAAAGCAAGGUAAAGCCUUUUCCUCACCUUGCCUUGGUAAAACUACCUCUUUAGCAUUUUGUUGAAUCAGAAACAUCUUUCUGAUAUGUAUAGAUAUCAUAAGCUUCAUUAUGAAAAUAUUGAUGCAGGAUAAGCCAUAUAUGAAUGUUGUAUUCAACCUUAGGGCUUGCACUUAAUCCUAAAGUGUUCCUAUCCCUUCAUGUCUGUUCCCACUAUAUUCCUAUUUACUAAGUGGGGAGGGGUCUCCUUAAUAUCAUACUUCAUUGUUAAUAAGUCAAUGCUUGUUAUGUUUCUGGGCUGUUGUUUUUGUGCAUUAAAAACUCAAAAGUUG